GUUCUCGGGGACUUCCUGCACGUCUGGCAUUUAAACGCGCGCCGGGGGCAGCUGGAUGCUGCUGCGGAUGCGGAGCUGUGUGCGCCACUGCCUACUCGGAGCAGCCUGGGCGCCGCAGCAGCGGAGCUCGAGCAUCCUUUAGUCACCUAUCCGGGAGACCCAGAACUCACGCUUCGGCUUCCCUCCCGGCAGGGUCGUCUUUCAUUUCCAAGGUUGCAGUUCUCUUGACAAAAUCCGCAGCAUCCUUCUCUCCAGCCAGGCUGUGGAUGAACCUAGGGCUGGACUGGAUCCAGCAGGUGGGGCAGCCCGGGCCAUGGUGCGUCUGAGCCCCGAGCUCUGGUAAGGCAGCAGUGGUGGUGUGGUUCCAGCUAGGUGAGUGCCACUCCCGGGAGCCUUCUCCCAGCUGCCACGAUGUUCAGCUGGCUGGGUAACGACGAUCGCCGCAAGAAGGACCCCGAGGUCUUCCAGACCGUGAGCGAGGGGCUCAAAAAACUCUACAAGACCAAGCUGCUGCCUCUGGAAGAGUAUUACCGCUUCCACGAGUUCCACUCGCCCGCCCUGGAGGAUGCUGAUUUCGACAACAAGCCCAUGGUCCUGUUGGUGGGCCAGUACUCUACCGGCAAGACCACCUUCAUCAGGUACCUGCUGGAACAGGAUUUUCCAGGCAUGCGGAUUGGGCCAGAGCCAACCACUGAUUCCUUCAUAGCAGUGAUGCAGGGAGAUGUGGAGGGGAUCAUCCCUGGGAACGCCCUGGUGGUAGAUCCAAAGAAACCCUUCAGAAAGCUCAAUGCCUUUGGCAAUGCCUUCCUGAACAGGUUUGUGUGUGCCCAGCUGCCCAACGCCGUGCUAGAAAGUAUCAGUGUGAUCGACACACCGGGGAUCCUCUCUGGUGAGAAGCAGAGGAUUAGCCGAGGGUAUGAUUUUGCUGCUGUCCUCGAAUGGUUUGCUGAGCGGGUGGACCGAAUUAUCCUGCUCUUUGAUGCCCACAAGCUGGACAUCUCUGAUGAGUUCUCAGAAGUCAUCAAGGCUCUCAAGAACCAUGAGGACAAGAUGCGAGUAGUGUUGAACAAGGCUGACCAGAUUGAGACCCAGCAGCUGAUGCGGGUGUACGGGGCCCUCAUGUGGUCCCUGGGGAAGAUUGUGAACACACCAGAGGUGAUCCGGGUCUACAUUGGCUCCUUCUGGUCCCACCCACUCCUCAUUCCUGACAACCGGAAGCUCUUUGAAGCUGAAGAGCAAGACUUGUUCAGAGACAUUCAGAGUCUACCCCGUAAUGCUGCUCUUCGAAAGCUCAAUGAUCUCAUCAAGAGAGCCCGACUGGCCAAGGUCCAUGCCUACAUCAUCAGCUCCUUGAAGAAGGAGAUGCCCUCGGUGUUUGGGAAGGACACCAAAAAGAAAGAACUGGUGAACAACCUGGCUGAGAUCUAUGGCCGGAUUGAGCGAGAACACCAGAUCUCCCCUGGGGACUUCCCCAACCUGAAGAGGAUGCAGGACCAGCUGCAGGCCCAGGACUUCAGCAAAUUCCAGCCACUAAAGAGCAAGCUGCUGGACGUGGUAGACGACAUGCUGGCUCAUGACAUUGCCCAGCUUAUGGUGCUGGUGCGCCAAGAAGAGACCCAGCGGCCUGUCCAGAUGGUGAAGGGUGGAGCAUUUGAGGGAACCCUGCAAGGCCCCUUCGGGCAUGGCUAUGGAGAGGGAGCUGGGGAGGGUAUUGAUGAUGCCGAGUGGGUGGUGGCCCGAGACAAGCCUAUGUAUGAUGAGAUCUUCUACACCUUAUCCCCAGUGGAUGGGAAGAUCACAGGUGCCAAUGCCAAAAAGGAGAUGGUGCGCUCCAAGUUGCCCAACAGCGUGCUGGGCAAGAUCUGGAAGCUAGCUGACAUUGACAAGGAUGGCAUGUUGGAUGAUGAGGAGUUUGCCCUGGCCAACCACCUUAUCAAAGUCAAGCUAGAGGGGCAUGAGCUGCCCAAUGAGCUGCCUGCCCACCUCCUCCCUCCCUCUAAGAGGAAAGUACCAGAGUAAGAGAGCCAGGUAACUUCAGACAGACAAUGUCAGAAGAGAGAAUAGACAUGAUGACCACACACACACACACACACACACACACACACACACACACACACACACACACACGACUUGACAGUCACACUGUAAAUGAGAAGGGUUCACCUUUGUUUGAGCACCUCUCUAAGUUCCCAGGGUUGGUAGAAGGGCAGUUUUACCUCCUCUGUCUUAGGAUAUAGGCCUGUGUCCAAACUUGCCCUCCAUCUCCCAUUCCCCCAAAGACGUGAGGCAGUUAACACAGUUGGUCCACCCACCCUAUCCCCAGCGCCUCCACAUCUAGGCUCUGAGCAGAUGGAAAAGACUUUUCAUGGAAUAGAAAAUUUGCUUUACUUUCUAUGCUUUUAUUUUUCCUCUGUGGCUUCCUAAGCAGAAAUUUACUCAGGGGCUGGGAGCUCUGAGGGAAAGGAGAAGCUGAGAGAGGACGAUCAAAUGGAGAAACCUCCAUAGGGCACUGAACCACACACUUGAAAAGACACUGGCCUAUGUUCUCUGUGUUUUUCUAAACCUAAGACUCUCUCUUCCUCAGUCAACAUGGACCUUGAAUUCUGCCUGCCGCUUUGUGUCAAAGACUCCCAAAUAGGAAAAGAAAAAGGAAAAUUUGGUAGGAAAGCACAAGGAACCUGCCCUGUGGUCUUCUUCAACAGAGCAUUUGUGGUUCAUGGGUGUAUCCUCCCCGCCCCCAACCUCGUAUCUCUGGAUACGCAGUUUCUUUAUGCAUACCAAGCCGUUCCUGUGUGGCGGUAGCAGGCUUAGGCACUUUAUAUGUUUUAGUCCCUGUGUGGCCUUCACAUGCCCUAGGCAAGUAUGCUUCCCUCAUGUUACUGCAUUUUUCAGGUGAGGAGCCAAAGACUCAGAGUAGUUUAGGGUACCUUUCCCAAACUCCUGGAAGUCACAAGGAGAGAAGGUUCAAAUCCAGAACUUGAGACCCCUCUAUUUGUCCCAGUUCUGUGAUGGAUGAAAGAUUCCAGUAUUGCUACAUGGUGACAAAGCACAGGACAAUGUGAACACACAGCCCCUCACACAGCCUUCCAGAGCAUCCAAGCAAGGGAGGGAGUCUCACCAGCCUUUGGUGGGCCAACAAUCUGGCCAUCUGUCACCUUGUGGAAGCAAACUGUGCCUUCUGGCCUGUGCCUCGUGUUCACAACAUCACAGAAGUCCAACCAAGCCAUCAGGAGAGUGGGCUGGCCUGCUAGAUGUUGUCUGUGCCUGUUCCUGCUCAGCCUCCCGUUCAUUAACCUAAAGCAUCCAAGCUCAAAUUCAGCCACAGGCUUUUACAAAGCAGGAUUUCAUGCUAAUUCACAGAAGGCCACCUUGAGAGGACUGAGACCUUGCUCUCUAGAGUGUCCUUGGCAAAAUUCCCAUUGUGCACAGUGCCCUCCAUCCUCCUCCAUGGUCUCCCCCUGGCUUGCUCCAUGGCCACUGAUGCAGUAGCUGUCUGCUACACUCCUACUGUGAUGGAAAACAAAGCAAGUAUAACUUAUUUUGUAUCUAUGUUCAGACUAUAUCAACUGUUCUGUGUAUCUACAAUGUGCUUAUAACUGCAAUGUGUUUGUCAUUAGGAUUCAUGUUAAUACAACAUAUUUACCCUUUGGUA